AUGUGCUUAAUCUGUACUUUCAUUUUACAGCUGCAGGUUAAUGCUCAUGCUCCUUUAAUCAGUUCCGAAAACUAUGUUGCUGCGACAAAGAAAUUUGCUUGUUCUGAUUUAUUGUGGGUAGAAGCACAGCUGGAAGAAUGGUGCAUUGCAGACGAGCAGGCGCCGGAUGCUGUGCUGCAGAGUGCACUUGAUUGGGCGUGUGGGAAAGGAGGAGCAGACUGCAGUAAGAUUCAGAAAGAUCAGCCUUGUUAUUUGCCAAACACGGUCAAAGACCACGCAUCAUAUGCCUUCAAUAGCUACUUUCAGAAAUACAAGAACAAGGGUGGCAACUGCUGUGAUAACCGGGGUUGAUCCUAGCCAUGGAGGAUGCAAGUACGAAUAUUACCAUUGACGUAAAGCACAGAUCAAAGUCUGAAUUAAGUAUCGACUUCUUUAGAGAUUUUAUCAAUGUCUUAGACUAGAAAAUCGAGAUACACUGGAGUUGCAUUCCUCAGGAUUUUCAU